CACCAUCUUUCAGUUUGAAACAUUUUCACGAGUCACUGCGGAACCAUGGGGAAAGGGAAAAGGGCUACUGUCUAUUGGGCAGCGGUUGUUAUUCUGGUGUGUUAUUUGGUACACAUGAUAGACUGCUAUCGACUGAAAAAAACACAAAGACAACACGGACAAAAAAAAGCCGAUGCAGCUAAAACGGUAGCUGUCCAAGAAGGGAAGAUUGUGUUUGGGAGAGUUUUUAAAAACGGGUCAGCCAUUGGCUCACGAGUCCUAAAGGCAGAUGCUUCCAUGGAGGGUGGAGCUGUGUAUCAAGCUGACUCUGCAGGCCUACAUUCACUAGAAGGUUCCCUGUCAGGCUGGCCUAAAGGACAAAGCCCAGAUCUCGGUUUCAGAGAAGCAGCAUGGAGGCGCAUGGCAGCUUCUCUACAAUGUGGUGGGGAUCAGUUGAAGUUCAGAGCAGUGGGACCAGGAGUAUCACAGUUUACAGUGGAUCAAGGAACAGCACCUCCAAUGCUUCUGUCCCAGGUGCCUUCCAGUUGUGGCUACAGCAUGCAGAGGAACUCCCUUGCACUUGUUAUGUUGGUUCCUUAUGAUGGCUGCAAUGUGGUUAAAGAGGGUGGAAGUUACGUGCUCCCAAUGCAUUGGCAGGGUGUUCCAGUCUCACUCUGGUGUCCCACAACUGCUACACCACAACCUGUACCCACCUACACUCCAUCAAACCCUGAGACGCUCCAGACAACCACAGAGAAACCAGUAACGGCCCAAUCUCCACCAUACCCCGCUUUCUUCCCUCCUUUUUACCCCUUUCCUCCUGCUCCGCCAACCACCACAGCAGCGCCGACUACAACCACGCCUGCAAACCCAACAUGGCCUCAAUAUCCACAAUAUGUAAAAUACCCCCCUCUCGUCCCUCCUUUUUACCCCUUUCCUCCUGCUCCGCCAACCACCACAGCAGCGCCGACUACAACCACACCUGCAAACCCAACAUGGCCUCAAUAUGUAAAAUACCCCCCUCUCUUCCCUCCUUUUUACCCUUUUCCUCCUGCUCCAACCACCACAGCAGCACCAACUACCACCACUGCAAAACCAGCAUGGCAUCAAUUUCCACAAUACGCAAAAUACCCCUUGUUCUUCCCUCACCCCCCUCCCAACCGCAACUCCUGCACAAACUACAACUGCUAACCCAGCAUGGCCUCAAUUUCCACAGCACCCCCUAAAAUAAGUUUCCACCAUAUGGCACUUUCACCUAUAUUCUCUUUUCCCUCCCAAUAUCCAACCCCUAACCCGCAGAUGACUACCACAACAGGCCCCACUUAAUGUCUAGCCUACUGAAACUCUCCUAAUAAAUGGUAUGGAAGGAAAAAAAGUAGCCCCGUCCAGUUCUUUUGUAUUCACGCUGGUGCUGUUGAGUCCAGGCUUAUCAAGAAGUGGUGCUGGAGGUGUUUGGGCAAGGUGAACAGUCAGCUAUUCAUAUCAAAGAUUUGUCUUGGACACUA